AUGAGGGUUGGAACCAUUUUCCUUGCAUUGUUCUCAUUGACAUUGCUUCUUUCUCUGCCAUUUUCAAGUUCUCAGCCUCCACCUGAUUCUGGCAUCUCAUCACGCACCCUUGAUGCUGUUCUUCAAGAUUGUGCCUUUAAGGCAUUUUUUAGGCCAAAAACUGGGGUACCUUAUGAUGCUAAAGUGCCCAGUAACCUAAAAGGGAUUAAAGUUUCAGCAUUGAGGCUUAGGAGUGGUAGUUUGAGAACCAGAGGUGUUCAAAGCUACAAAGAGUUCCAGAUCCCAAUUGGGGUUGUUGAGCAACCUUAUGUGGAGAGGCUUGUUUUGGUGUACCACAAUUUGGACAAUUGGUCUGAAAAGUUUUACCCUUUGCCUGGUUACUCAUAUUUGGCUCCUGUUUUGGGUCUAUUGUCUUAUAGUGGUGCCAAUUUGUCUGCUUCUGAGUUGCCUGAAUUGGAUAUAAGAGCUUCUGAGAAUCCAAUUUUGAUAAAGUUUCCUCAUGUGAAAUCAGCACCAUCUGGGUCAGUGGCCAAGUGUGUGUAUUUUGAUUUGCAUGGUUCAGUGCAAUUUGACAUCCUAUUACCUGGGAAUGUGUGUUCAACAAUCCAACAAGGGCACUUCUCCAUUGUUGUGGAAUCCAAUGCCCCAUCCCCUUCACCUGCUGCUGUUGCUGCUGCUGUUGAUGAAGGUAGUGGUGGAAAGAACAAGUCCAAGGUGUGGAUAAUUGUUGCAUCUUUGGUUGGUGGUUGCUUGUUGCUGAUCAUAGUGAGUUUAUUGGUUGUUAGAGUGAGAAGAACCAAAAAAGGGUUGAGGAUACAGCAAUUGGAAUGGGCAGCUGAUAGCAAUGAAACCUUGCAGAUGACAUCCAUUGGGGGCACCAAAGCACCAUUAGCAGUGGGGACUCGCACAAGGCCAAUGAUAGAAAAUGAUUACAUUCCUUAG